AUGUCUUUUUCAGUCAAGAACAAGUUUGGGAUCCCUCCAUCUACUGACCUGCAGUUCUUUGAUGAUUCGGACACUGUGAUUGAUGAUGAAGUGAUCCAUGACUUCCUGAGGCUAACCCAAAUGUCUGUCUGUUGGCCAAAGAUGAGGGAUGUGAAGAUAGUCCAGGAGGCCCUGGAGAUGCAUGCUGGCGGUCAAGAUAUAAUGGAGGAGUAUAGAAGAACAAAGACCUUAACACACAGCACAAGACGACAUCUCGUCAACAUAUUGGUCAGCCAUAUGGUUGAGAAACAUGGGAGGGUCCCAGUUCGCAUGCAAAGAGAAAAAUACGGACUUGGCAUUGUGACCCUUUUCCCAAAUCUCAGGGAUCCUUUCUCCACCAAAGGCUAUAUAAAUCAAGAUGUCACACUCCUGUUUGGAGAGGAUACAUCCUCCAAGUUAUUAGAGAAGUGGGACUCUACCUUCAAAUGCAAAAUCAUUGAGGAAGCAAGAUGCUUAACUCAGACUCCCACUGUACGCCACCUUUUGAUGUCUGCAGAGAACCAAGACACUGAACCCAGUGCUGAAUGGGACUCCGAUAUAGCUACUCUACUGCUCUUAGUACACCUCCUCCCACCUCAACCUAUCGGCAAGAAAGCUGCGAAGAUCAGUGCAGAUGCUGCGUCCGAAAGGCUUGUUGUUUAUCACAAGUCCUGUUGCAGUUUUGAAGAGGCUCUUGGCAAACGUGAUCACCACCAUCCAUACCUCCUUGCUGUCGGAAGAAACCAAAAUCGGACCGACCAGUUCUACAUUGCCUUGGACAAAAAGCUGAUUCCUUGUGAGGCAGCAAGUGCAGUGGGUGCAUUUGAUGAACUUUUUAAAUUGCACUUUGUUUUCAAUCUGGCAUAUGACGACACACUUAACAACUUCUACACAUUUGUGCAGACAACUGUAUACAACAUUGACAUUGGAAAAACUAAAGAAUCACCAAGGGUCAGAGAAUUCCGUGCAAAGCUGUUGAACUAG